CAACUCAACUAACAGCCGAAAAACAAACCCCCACGCACAAAAUGAAGAAACAAGAGCAGUAGAAUUAAAAGGACGAAAGCACCACCAAGCAAGCCACAGGAACAAUACACUCGGGCAGUCGCAGGAGGGAAAGAAGAAGCGGAGAACGGAGGCGGCGAGCGGCGUGGGGCAGAGUAGCAGUCACCAAGCAGUCAGUCAGCCUCGCAGACCGCAGUGUGUGUGGUGGCGGCGUGCUGGUAGGAAGGGAGGGACGGGACUCGCAUAUCACCAACCCCACCACCAAGGAUUUGAGGGCGUUACACCUCCAUAUUUCCAUGACCACCACCACCACCUGUCCGCCUCCCACCAAGAACACUAUAAAAAGAACAAUGGAGCUUAUAAUCUUACUCCAUUUCUUUACGUCAGCUUGCUUUUAUGGAUAUAUAUUGUUGUCGUUCGGUUCGGUCCAUAAUGGCUUGAUUUAAUGACCAGUUUGAAGCCUGUUUUCUAUAUUUAUUUAUUAAGUAAGACCUGCUUUUGACUACCAAUGGAAUCACUAAUGAAAACACCGAUUCUAAAUGAUGAAAAGGCUGAGACACUGUUGUACUCGUAGAAAACUUUUGUUGUUUAAUUGACUGUCUUUAAACUGUGCAACGAGUGUGAAAAAAGCUACUUGGAGAUUGACAAUUAUGUAAAGAAAAAAAAUAUGAUUGAGUGUUACGGGAGACCUGCUAAAUAUCUAUGAAUGACAACAAUGGUAUCAAGGCGGAGUGGUGUUCAGGCCUCGUGGGAGUAAAGCGAGUGGUGGUGGUAUGGUGGUGGUGAUGGCGGCGUGCGGGGAGGCAGGAGGCGUGGUGGUGGCGGUGAGGCUGCUGAGUGCGGUCGUCGUGAUGGUGAUGGUGGUGGUGGUGGUGAACGGCGCCGAGAAUGCAGCCGUGGCGGUGGUGGAGGGCGUGGUGGGGAGCCGCGCCCAGCUGCCGUGUCCCUUCUCCACGCGGCGGCCUGGCGACGAGCCCAAGCUGGUGCUGUGGUACAAGGAAGACGAGGAGGGGCACCUGAGGCCACUCUUCAGCCGGGACUCUAGGGCUUCCCAGACGGAGCGGCAGCAGUUGACGCAGCCAGACGGUCAGCUGGAGGUGGGGCGCGGCGGCAGCACCCUCACCUACCGCCGCCUGGCCCUGCAGCACGCCGGCCUCUACGAGUGUCACGUCGACUUCUUCAGUUCGCCCGUCCACACCAGUCGCGUCCGUCUCGUCGUGGUGGAGCCCGUGCAUACCGUAGACAUCCUGGAGGAGGGCGUCGGCGUGGUGAGAGGAGGCAUCUUGGGGCCCUACCCUGCUGGACACACCCUCAACGUCAGCUGCAGGGCCUACCAAGGUGUCCCGCGGCCGACGCUUAGGUGGUGGGCCGACGGGAAGGUGCUGAAGAGUUCCCGCGACCUGGUGGAGGCGAAGGUGGAGAACAGGCUGGUGGUGGAGGACAUCUCACGCACCUGGCACCUCCGGAGACUGACCUGCACCGCCAACAACUCCCGACUCUACCGCCCCGCCGUGGCCGCCGUCACCGUGCACAUGAUACUGCCGCCGGUCAGCGUGCGGGUGCUGGUCCCCGGCCCCCUGGUGGAGGCCCGCCGAACCGUCAUGACCUGCGAGGCCGUUGGCUCCAGCCCCGCCCCGCGCCUCGCCUGGACCCUCCGCCAGAUAUCCAUGGAGAACGAGAAGAGUUGGGUUGAGGGGAACAAGACAUACGGUGAACUCACGCUGAACGCUACUCGCCACCUCCACCUCGCUCGUCUCAGCUGCACCGCCACCAACCUCCUCCUCAACGCCAGCCUCGCCAACUCCACCACCCUCGUCGUGCAGUACCCUCCGUCAGUCCGGGCGUCUCUGGGGCAGCCGCUGCAGGCCAGGUCACUCAAGGAGGGUGACAACGUGUACUUCACCUGCUCCGUGGCAGCCAACCCCUCGGCGUCCGUCAUUAUUUGGUACCACGAGGGCCGGCAGGUGGUGCAGAACAAGAGCGCGGGCGUGGUGACCAGCCGGAGCUCCCUGGUGCUGCGGGGUGUGCGGCGGCGCCAGGCCGGCCGCUACAGCUGCGAGGCCACCAACAGCCUCGCCAGAGUACGCAGCGCCCCUGUCACCCUCACCAUCAAGUACAGACCCACGUGCCUGACAACAUUCGCCACUUACUUCAUCUAUGAUAAGCCUGUCGCUGCGAACUGCACCGUAACGUCACACCCGCCCGCCACUGCCAUCUAUUGGCGGUGGGACGAAAGCGACGAAAUGACGAGUGCGGCUCCGCUAAGGACAGACGGGGGCGUGGUCACUUCCCUCUUGACGGUGCGACCCUCCGGCAGCCCCCAGCGUAACCUGUACUGCUGGGCCGUCAACGAGAUCGGUGGCCAGAUGGUUCCUUGCAACUAUACUAUAAAAGAGGUUUCCGUGCCCCGGUGGUCCUGCCGCGUGGUGCACAUCGACACGUCCUCCCUCACCAUCGUCUGCCUCACCCCGCCCCAACUGGACGCCGCGCCCACCACGCUAUACACCGCCGAGGUGUAUUUCGAGAACCGAACGCUGCUCACCAACGUCACCUCCACGAGCCCCACCUUCAACGUGAGUCACUUGGACGCUGGCACCAACUACCAGCUCAAGGUGUACGUGACCCAGGGCCCCGUCACCUCACAGCCCGUCGUGGUGUCUGCCUACACCUCCGAGGCGCCCAGACAAGCCUCACGAGUUCGUCAGCCGCUCAAGGAGACUUCCGCCUCUCAGGAGCUGCGGCACAAAGGCGGGCACACACGCGGACGUCAUCCAGGUGGAGGGCCUCUCUAUGUAGCUGUUUCAGUAGAGGAGCAAGAAGAGGACGAGGAGGAUAAGCCAUUAGAAGGCGACGGGGAAGAGAAAGAAGACAAGGAAGAAAAGGAGGAAGAGUUCCGGGUGAUGUUGGAGCCUCUGAGCCGCAGCGCCGCAGUGAGGCGGCAGGAACGGGAGAAAGCGGCGGCAGGCGAGGGCAGGAAGGUUGCCGCGGCAGCCAAGGAGGUUGUGGCUGAGGACGCUGAGCAGCUACACGUUGGGGAAUGGGUGCAGCUGGUGCCCCAAGAAUGUGAGGAAACCCUAGCCAGGAAGCUGCAACAUGUGACAAAUGAAAAAGGCCACUGGGGACAGCAGCAACCCAUCGGCGAGUGGCUACAGCAUCAGCCCGGAGGCUGGGUGCUUGCUUCUUCGCGCCGUGACCCUCGUCUUCCCGUUCCUCAGGAGGAAUCCCCUGACUUGUGGAUACGCCCACCACCUCAGGAAAGUUAUUCAAAAGAAGUCGGUUCGUCACCUUUCGAGGCCGAUAGGGAUAAUGUAUCGUGGAAAAACAGAGCCCCUCAGCGGGCAAAGAGAUGGUCACUCGAAGCUUCGCGUGAUGGGCGACAAUUAGCAGAGUCCUAUGAAGACUGGAGGAUGAAAUUUUCCCCUUGUCUGAAGCAAAACACGCUGCCUAGAGACGCCAGUCUUCUCCCACUGCACAGACAUGACUACAAUGUUCCUGCCAUGCGACAGUCCCCACCUCGACUCCGUGAUUGCAACUACAACCCGACGCCUGGCCCUCCCUUGCACCAGCUGGUCAGACCACCAGACGAUGCCUACAACAACAACAGUCAUGGAAGCACAGACAGCAACACACAACAGAACAACGCCAUGUUUGACUCAAACCGCAAUAACAAUCGCAAUAGCAUGUUCUUCCCCUCCACCACAACAAAGGAUGACUGUCCCAACAAACGGUGGAGUCUGCCACACCCUCUACGGGCUGAGGACCGACAUCCAGGCCGACGCCAAUCACACCAGCAGGAAGGCGCCCUUCAAGAGGAACUGCUUCAGCGGUCCCAGCAGGCUAAACCGCUUCGCUCCCGGCAACUAAUGAGGACCGAAGAACAUUUGUCCGAUAUGUCGACUGAACACGAGUUGGGGCAGGUCCAAACCUCUCGAGAAUCACCUGGCACUUUACGGCGACUUAUGUUCUCCGAGGAAACGAUACUUUGAGGUUUUCAGUAAAUAAUUACAACUAGAAGAAGAUGAGAAUUAUAUAUUUUUUCACUUAAUUUAGCUCUCACUACAUGUAGGACCGUUGGGCGUCUGUCUACUGCCUUCCAGCCUCGCUCCACUUCCGUCCUUGUUUGAAGACAUAGUUCAGGCACAGACAGAGAAAGAUGUUCCAGGCACUCGUGCACCCGUGAUCUUCCAGUUGCGUGGAAGGUCUACCACGAGCAUCAGUCAAGAGGGAGUCUCCCCGGGAGCACCGUUGGAGAGUAGCAGCUCGAGGCGCCGCGGCCCCGCCCCGCCCGGCCCGUGUAAACACAGCUGCGGGCGUCACGCCGAGUCCCGCCCCCGCGCGGCCCCUUCACGGCGCCCUGCGUGUCUCCCUCGCACGUUGCUCAGGCUCCCUCGUCCGCAGUAGGUGUUCUAGCACCCUGUGGCUACAUGUACAUGGUGACCUUCAGCUGACCUCCUGCAGUAAGAUGUCUUACCCAUGUGUGAGGAGCUGCAUCAGCUAUGUCUUGGGUGGUAGCUAUGAUAAGUCUUGAGGUAACCAAGGUUUCAUUAUCUCUUAGUAAAGACCCCACAAGUGACGGAAGAAUAUGAGUUGGCACAACACAAGUAUGUUUUGUAUCAAAUAAUAUGAACUAAAAAGAUUUAUUAGUUCAUAGCAAAGUUAUUAAUAAUCUGUUGGCUGUGAUUUUCCUUGUCAAAUUAAGUGUUAUACUUUUAUACCCAUGACAGACAUGCUUGUGUGCUACCACCAAUAAUGUGAUAAUUAUAGUAGAUUAUAUUUUUUUUGUGUGUGCAGAAAAUUGUCACAUCUGCAGUUUUGUAGCUCUUUUGCACACAGGUUUGCUAACACCAAUGAGACCAGUGAUUCUUUUUAUUAGUUCCUAGUUUUCACGGUAAACAUCAGCUCCUAAAUACAGAUUGAUUUUGUGUUGGUUGGGCAUUUUCAUGAAGCCCUGAUGCCAUCAUAUACCACAUUGCAAUAAUGUGAUUAUUGGAGGUACAGUAAAUAUAUAAUCAACCAUAAAGUGUAUGUACUCAGUCAGGCAUCUCAAGCUUGAGACUCCUCAAGGAGUAUGUGACACUGACAGUCAAAUGGGCAUUGCAGUAACAUUUUUGUCAAACAUACACCCUAUGUAGGAUGAAAAAUAUAUCAGGAAGUAAAGUUAAUUAUAUGCACAUAGUUUAGAGUCAUGUACAGCAGUGGCAAGGUAGUAUAUUAAAUAGAUGGUGACAUCAGUCAAAACUCUACUCCAAUAGUUGUUUUUGCUUGUUAUUCAUAGACUUGUGUGGUUCCCAGCCAUCAAAAUUUCAGGGAGUAUGCUGCAUGCCACCAAAACUUGGUGGGAGAUAGAAGUAUGAGAUGGGAAUUGAUAAUUAUUCCAAUAACAUUGGUAAUGAACAUUUCAUUAUAAUAUUUUACUGGUGAUUUGUUCCAUGAGUCCUCUAAGACUGUUAUAAAUUUUGUUGGGUAAUGGUACAUGGCACAGAGCAGAGCCCACCUGAGUUGUGGCCAAAGUAGUUAUCAUGUCUACAAAUAAUAAUAUGAAAGCCUUGCAGUCACGAGGGCAUCCUAGGCUUCAGUAGUCGAUGUCAUUUACUAGUGAUUGAUUACCCACCCUUACAGCAGCUUUUGAGCUUCUGUAAAAUUUGUCAGUUACAAGACAAAGCUUUUUGGACCUUUGCUGACCAGCUUAGACAUAAAAUGCAUAAGCUGAGGUAGCUGUGUCCAUAAUAUGCUUUCUCCUUUCUGGGUGUUUCAUGAAGUGGUAAGCUGCUGCCUUGGAUUUCAUAACAAUAAGCUUUCCUAUGUGGGAAGCAGGUUGACAAGGAUAACGAGCUUUAUGAAUUCUGUAUCUGAUAAUUUUAAUAAAUAUUUUUAUGCUG